AUGUCCCUUUCGAGUUCAAACCCGCGAAAGCAAACCUUCGCCAUUUGGUAAUAUUUAUAAUUUCAAACUGUGGAAGAUUCACAGUAAGGCUGGUUGCGUCAAUGAUACAAGUAGUUGAAAUUUCAGAAGCAAAGGAGGACUUUCCAUCUUCAAAUUUCAAAUCUACAAAUCCUCCUGUAGCUUCUUGCUGAUUCUGUUAGCGCCAACCUCCCUGAGUUCAUAUAUUGAAUUUCUUACUGUUCCUCCAUCUCAGAUUUCAUCCAAAUUUAGAAUUGUUUCAUUAUCAAUGGUUUUGUGAAGAGGGUGUGUGGGGUUCAAAAAUUUCCUUUUCACGUUUCUCUGGUGUGAUCGAUCCUGAGCUCCCCAUCGUGAAUCCCGGGGGACCGUGUAGCGUGAAGCUUAUUCAUACUGUCUGUUACUUCACUCCUUCUUCAAAUUGCUCUUGAAGCCAUAGCCAGAUCCAAUUCCACUGUGAUUUAAUUUGCUUUUGCUUGGAUUACGCCCUUUCUGACAUGAAAUGAAACCUUCUAUUGGUGAUGAUUUUGACUUGGAAAAAGGGAAGUCGGAUAAGGAAAGAGAUAAAGUUCAGCGAAAUGCCAAGUCAGUUGGAGUCCACAAUCAAGCCCUCCUGUCUGGGUUUGCAUAUUGCCUGUCCUCCUGCAGCAUGAUAUUGGUCAACAAGUUCGUACUUUCUAGUUAUGAUUUUAAUGCUGGAAUAUCCUUGAUGUUAUACCAGAAUUUCAUUUCAGUAAUAGUAGUUUCUAUGUUAAGCCUUCUGGGCUUAAUAUCGACAGAGCCAUUAACAUGGAAAUUGAUCAAGGUGUGGCUGCCUGUGAACGUUAUAUUUGUCGGGAUGCUCAUUACUAGCAUGUUUAGUUUGAAAUACAUCAAUGUAGCUAUGGUGACAAUCCUGAAGAAUGUUACUAAUGUCAUGACAGCCCUUGGCGAGAUGUAUUUAUUCAGGAAGCAUCAUGACAGCAGGGUUUGGGCUGCUCUGUUUUUAAUGAUCAUUUCUGCAAUGUCUGGCGGGAUUACUGAUCUCUCUUUUCACGCAAUUGGUUAUGCUUGGCAGAUGGUUAACUGUUUCUUAACUGCGUCAUAUUCUCUGACACUGCGUAAGGUCAUGGAUACAGCAAAGGUAGUUACAAAAUCUGGAAACUUAAAUGAGUUUUCAAUGGUUUUGUUGAACAAUAGCCUUUCUUUGCCCUUGGGAUUCCUUAUGGUUUUUGUUUUCAACGAGGUGGAUUAUCUCUUAACAACGCCACUUCUGAGAUUGCCUAGCUUUUGGUUGGUGAUGACAUUAAGCGGAUUUUUGGGUCUAGCUAUCAGCUUCACUUCCAUGUGGUUUCUUCAUAAGACUAGUGCUACAACGUACAGGUAG